ACGAGUCUUUUGAGCACAUUGCCAGUGCUAUUAGAUCAAUCUCACCUCACCGAUGUCACUAUAUCAGCAGAGGGACGUACGCUGCGUGCACACCGAGUUGUGCUCAGCGCGUGCAGCACCUUCUUCUUGGAGCUCUUUCGCACCUUGGACACCACCAACCAUCCAAUCAUAAUCAUACCAGGUGCUACAUUCGCCGCCAUUGUGGCGCUGCUAACUUUCAUGUACUCCGGUGAGGUGAAUGUCUUCGAAGAGCAAAUACCAAUGCUGCUCAGUCUGGCCGAGACUUUGGGCAUUAAAGGACUUGCAGAUGUGCAGAAUAAUUUACAGAAAUCUAGUAGACGCGCUGCCACUGCACCGCCAGCGCCACAGCAGCCGACGCAAGAUUUUUUAGACUCUUUGCAUAAAGAAGAAUCAGAUUCACCGGCUACACCACCUACCCCACCGCCUACAUCCACUUCCAUGGCACCACCUCUGGCCUGCACCGUGCCACCGCCAAGCGCACAGCUACCGCUGCUCUCUGCUGCGUCAAUGCCAAGCGCUUUCAACACACCGCUACUCGGCAGCAAGCUGCCCACACCGCUGGAAAGUUUCUUCCUAAAGUCGCUGCAAUUUUAUCCGAACUUGCUGCCACAGCCGCUGAACUUUUCUCAAACGGCGCUCAAUAAGACCAGCGAACUGUUGGCCAAAUACCAGCAGCAAUGCAAUAGCUUGUACCAAGACGCGUUGGGUAUCCCGCCUAAGGACAUUUUGCCUACAUUUAGUGGUACUGAAGAUUACGCAGCGGCAACCCAAUUAAGUACGGCAGGAGUCAUCGACGAUGGCGGCGGCGGCGGCGACGGCUAUGGCACUGCGAAGCGUUUCUGCCUGGGAGAUAGGCAACGACAAGUGAGUGUUUCCGCCACGAAGCCGCAAACGUCGCUUCUGCACUACACCCAGCAUCAUCAGCACCACCAGUCACCAUCGCCACAAACGCAUGGUCAGCAUACGUUGGCGCAUAGCCAGCCGACGAUAAUACAACAACAAAAAGACAUUAAACGUAUAGAUAGGAUAGUAGAGAAUUUACGCAAGACACCGUUGAGCGGCGAGAGCGGCUCAACUGCGCUACAGCAGCAUCGACAAUCACCGCAACAACAGCAACAUUUACAGAGUCACCUCCAAGCACCACCACUGAGCGUAAAGACGUCCCUGGGUGCCAAUUAUACGCCUAACUUGCCAUCGCCCCAAUUAAGUAGCACCAAUAUGCCGUGGUCCAUCUCUUCGUCGCCAGCAACCGCCUCCACACAGAGUCAAUUGCAUCAGCAUCAUCAACACACACAUGCGUUGUCUUACUUGAGCGCUGACGAUCAGGUGGCAAAACUGCAGCAACAAAUAGAUCAAUUUGCAAGUUGUAGUCGUAGCGCCGCUGCAGCAACAACUUCAACAGCUGCUGAUAGCAAUGAGAAUAAGGCCAACACGCAUGGCGAUGGUAGUCUGCUGUCGGCAUUGACAGAGAAGCCACCGAGUGGCGCGGCGAAUUUAUCGAGCACGCCAAACGCGAGCCCACAGCCGAAACCACCGUCAAACUCAAAGCUCUACGCCACCUGCUUCAUCUGUCACAAGCAGCUUAGUAAUCAAUACAAUUUGCGCGUGCAUCUGGAGACACACCAGAAUGUGCGCUAUGCUUGCAAUGUUUGCUCGCACGUGUCGCGCAGCAAGGAUGCCUUGCGCAAGCAUGUCUCAUAUCGCCACCCUGGCGCACCUUCACCCUGCGAAUCGGAGGCGCGCCGCAAACGUGCCACCAAAGCGGCGAACGCGUCACCACCUAUAGCCACCGCUGUAACACCAAUAAGCGCUGGCGGCGCCAGCAGCACACCCACCUCACCUGCUACUGCGACAAUCAGCGCGCCAUUUCAACUAAAUCACAGCGCCGCAGCAGCUUCUACCCCAACAACAAGCGCCAACAUAUCUGCAUUGGACACAGAAGCGCAAAUGGCAGCAGCGGCCCAACUGAGUUCAGCCUAUAUGUUUCUGCCGAAUCAAUUUCACUUAGCGGCUGCAGCUGCUGCUGCGGCACAACAUCAGCAACAACAACAUCAGCAGCAGCAGCAACAACAAUUGCAAAAUGCAUUAGAUGCUACAAAUGCAGCGGCGGCAGUUGCUGCUUUAAAUUUCGCUGCCGCUCCGGUGGCGCCUGCUGCAGCGACUACACCAACAACUGCAGCUGCUGCUUCAAAUGUCGGCGAAGAUAGCACAGCAGCUGCUUUGGCCAAUAUAAAGCGUGAGCCGAGUCCAGCUGUAAGUAGUCCAGGUACGAGACAUCAAAGUGGCGGUAAUCAAAAUAAUACUCUGGGUUGUGGUGGUGGUGGCGUAGAGAGGAGUCCAAUGAAUAUGCCGUAG